AUGCUUGCGUGUAUUUUAUUUAGUAUGAUUACAGGGACCGAUCAGACAGAUAUCCCCUUCUUUAAGAAGUGUGUUGAGAAGUACUUCGGACUAGAGCCUCCCGAUGACUUUUCCGAUGAAGAGAAAAGGAAAUUCCAAAAACCACAGUUUGAGAAAUAUUUAAGAAAAAAAGAAGAUCCGACAAAGUUCACUCAUUUUCAGGUAUCUCAUGUUUCAAAUAUUGGCAGGGCCGCUCAAAGGGAUGAGGGGGGAGGGGGAAAAGGGGUAAGUUGUCCCGGGCUCCGAGUUAAUUAAUGCCCCCCCCCCGAUAAAUUAUAUAUGGAAUUUGCAGAGGAGGGCCCCAAAUGCAGGAGAAAAUUGUGGAGUGUGAAAUUUUUGAGAAUAUUUUGAAAUGUUGUAGGGUAAACUGCUCUUAAACGUUUACGAGUUAGGGAUCUAAAACAAUUGCAGAAUAGUAAAAACAUCGAAAGCAUGGGUGCACUUGAUCGAUGUCACUGUAUAUAGAGAACAAUGUGAUCUUCAGUGCAUGUAUAUAAUCUUAAUCAUGAUAUACAGCUAAUUCAAAAUCUAAGGUUGUCCUUUGCAAACUUUAGGCUCUAAACCUUAAACCUUAAACUCUAAGCGCGCAAAGCUUAAUUGGAGCACAAGUUUCAAGCUUAGUAGUUGACUAUUGCUGCUAUUUGUGAAUGAAUUGUUCUCGUAAGGGAUAUUUGUCAUGUCUGCAAGAAAUGGUUCUCAUAUAUCAACUCAUUAAAUGAUGCUCCCAUUAUGCUUUGCAUGUCUUCGAACCAUUCUCCCCAUCACAGUAAUAAUGACCACUAGUACUAUUUUGCUCUUUACAAUAAGUUAAACAGUUUGUUCCAUGCCAGUUUAGAAGGCACACUUUCAUUCCGGAAUCUUUUGUGCACGCAUAAUGCCCACUUGAAUCAUUCUUUGGUUUGCUUUUAUCACUUGUAAUUGGAAUAAAAAAGCUAACUUGUUAUUGUACAUUGUUAUUUGACGUGAACUGAAUUUUUACCGGCUAUAACUAUACAUAUUAGUACCAUAGUCCAUAUAAUUAUGUUUUUCCUCGAUUUGUAGAAAACAGCACUACGUAUCGAAAAAUUUUUCAAGCGUCACAAUGACUGGGAAACAACGAAAGCAACGCCUGCUUUCAAGAAUCCUAUAGAGAACCUGCAGUCUAUAG